AGAAAAACAAAACAAACCCGAGAGAGCUGUAACAGCGUGUGGACUCCAUUGAAUAGGGGGCCCUGUUAGAUGCGAUAAGAGAACCUACACGAGGUCCGACAAGGAACGAGACGUAUGCGUGGAUGUCCUAAAAGUGAGUACGACCGUCAUUUGUCCGCUUUUGUGGCGAGUGUGCUCGGCGGCGGCUGAGUUUGCUGAGCCGCGGUGGUUGGAGGAUUAGCUUCGAAGCUAACGGGAGGUCGGCUGUUGUUGUGUAUCGAAGCCUCAGCUGGGAUGAGGAAGGGGGCGGACUUACGGAGGCCAUACUGACUGAGGGGAAGCUCAAACCCGUCGUGUCCGCAUUUAUAAUAGAAAAUAACACAUUUAACUUGGCUCUUAUUGUGUAGCACAGUUUAUCGGGUUUAGAAAGAAGUGGAAUAUAAGCUUCAUAGUGGAGAGAGGCACAAAACCUGUCUUAAACUACUGAUUUUUAUGGACGUGUCUUGAUAUAAAUAUGUUUUCCAGGCACAUUAGAAGCUUGGUUUCACGUCUUAAUGGGGGGAAUGACGGUUAAAACUGCACUUAUGUAACAAGAUCGGCUUGUAAGCUACUUUUAAAUGGUCAUUUAAACAUCGUGAAAUGUCUUAAAAUCAUUAAAAGAUGCUGUUUGAGGUGGAGGAGGCCGUAGUUUGUGAGUGGAAUGGUCAGGAGUGGACUUUUUUUGCUCUGGCGGUACACGCCCCCCAAACCCAGAUCAGCCCCUGCUGCUGAAAACAAAGCUCGACAUGGCCAGAAAUUUCCAUGUGAUGUAAGGUGAAUUAAACCCCCAAAGAGGCUCGUUUUUACACCAAUGAGACACCUGUGGGGCAAUUUCAUCGCGGUUAUAUAUGAGUUUGAUUUUCCACUCUGUCAAACAGCUGCAACUUGCUGCUUAUCAGACGACUUUGGUACAUUUUGUGCUCGGUGUUUCCUCACACGUAGAAAAACACGCAAAAGCCGGGGAUUGAUAUGAAACCGUGAGGUGCUUUCAUUUAAUGUGGAAACGAGUGUGUUUUACCUGAAAUACAUUAUAAAUAUGGAUAUCUAGGCCACGGGCAUGUAGGCCUCCAACUUGUUUAUCUUCUGCCUCAACCUAGAUUGAAACGGGCCGUUUAUUAUGAAGCAGCUUUUGUGAUUGACAGUCGCGCCGGCCAAUCAGAUCCACCUGUAGGCGGGAUGUCUUCGCCGUCAGACCAGUUGGGAGCGUGGAUUACGUGGGUGUUGGUCCCUAUUGUUAGAUUGAGGUUGUGUUUUGCUUUGCUGAGGAUCUGUGGUGAGUGCAGAUUCUGUAGAUACAUUGGUGAUAUUUAUACCUUCCUUUGUGUGCAAAUUAGGUAGUUUGUCAUCUUUUACAAGCCUGAUAGAUAGUUAGAGAGAAAUUCUUAUGCCUCCAAGUUUAGCCUUUUAAAACGAGUGAAUUUAUCACAAAGAUAAGCAGGGAUGCUACUUCUAUUGUCUUAUCUGAGAUAUUCAGUGAAGAUAUUCUCACAUACUCAUGUUUUUACUACACUGUAGAGUCUUCUGUCUCUGGUUGUGGGAAAUUGCAUGCAUCAUAUUUAUCAUAUUCAUCUGCAGUGUCUGACUACAGCUACCCAUCCAUAACUAUCUCCUGGUAAAACUAAGGAGUAAUAAAAACAUUUGUAUUACAUAAAUGUAUAUGAUUUAGCAUAAAUGCAUGCAAUUUGAUGCAUAUAUUUCUAUUUUUCUUCUAUUUUUUAACAGUUUUGUUUAUCGGAUUUUGAACACAAACAGGCAAAAGGUUAACUGUACUCAUAAAUGACAGUGUUGUAAACUUACAUCAAUAAACAAACAAACAAAAUAGAUGAAAGAAAAUAUAAUGGUAACACUUUACUUGACGCCUAUCUCUAUAACCGACCAAUACAGAUUUUUUGGGGCUGAUGCCGAUACCGGUUAUUAAGGUCCUUACAUACCGGGGACGUUUUUGUCGUGUGAUUAUUUUGGACGUCGAUAUUUUUUUUCUAACCUGUGUCCUGUCAGUACAUGCGUUCACAUCAGCAAUGUUUUCCUGUCCUGCGAUAUUGCAGCAUUUAUUUUUCGGUGUCGCAUACUGUGUGUCCACCUCGGACCAAUCAGAUUGUGUGUUGUUGGGACGUCAGAUUCACCGAUAUAUCCAACAUGGCCGACUGGCUGAUUGUUUACGUGUCAGAGAACAGAGUGCUUUUUGAUUAAAAACACAAACAUCACAAAGAUAACGACCUGAAGGACAACUUGUGGAGAGUCAUAGCGUUGGAUUUCUCAUAUGACGAUGGUUUGUGUUGCUUUAACAGUUUGCUAAACGUCUUUGUUUUAACUUUCAUCUGUGCUAACUUAAGCUAACGGUUGUUACCAUGGUUUCAUGAGCUUAUAUUAUCGCCUCUGAUUGGCUAUAAGUGCUGACUGUUUGGCUUGAGCGUGUGAUGACGUUUCCAGCUUCUCUAGCCAAUCAGAGGCGAAGGAGGCAGGACUUUCCCCGGCAAAAGUCUUCCCCGGGAAGUGUCUUUCCCCCCCGGAAAGAUGCAAAAUUGCAUUGGGCUUGAUGUGUAUAGUCAGGCUCGUCAAAAUUCGCCUCCGAAUAUUUUGUAAUUUCGCGUUCUAUAUUCGCAUCGGCCCCGGUGUAUAAGGACCUUUAGGGGGGUAAAAAAUCCGAUUACCGGUUAAUCGGACGAUUUUGCAGCUGCCUCAGUAAGAGAAGUAGCUCGAUCACGUAAUGUGUACUGUUGUUUAUUCUUCUGUUACUGGCACGGCUAACAGUGUAACAAGGCUAAUAGCAGGUAGCUAACUCUAACUUUAGCUUGCAUAUUACAUGGUGCUUCACCGUUAACUCGGCGUGACCGAGAACAGCACAGCAGGGAACAUGGUGAAGUGGGUUUAACUGAAACUUGUUGACUUAUUGUGUAUUUCACAAUCUAGUUUAUUUACCGUUGAGGCAGACCACUCUCCUCCGUGCGUCCCUGAGCUGCCUGCUUCAGAUCCGUCACUCUGCUGUGUUGUGAGGUAGUUAGUGGAUGAAGACUGUCAUGAGGUCACUGCGCCAUCUACAGGAUAAGUCGGGGGAUCUUUUCAAAUGGCAGAACAUUUUCGAAGUGAAACUGAAUCUUUUUCUUCGUAUUUAAUUUCUGAAAAUGUCGGCGAAAAUCAGCGAGUUUCGGCCAAUUACCGAUUAGUCUCAAACGGGCUAAAAUUGUCCGAUUUAAUUGUCUCGCCGAUAAAUAGGUUGGGUCCUAGUACUCAGGCGUUGUAAUCAUGUUAUAACACGGUAUCACUAUAGUUAUAAACACUCAAAUGAUCGUAAUGCUGUAUAGCAAUAAUCAUAACACAUCAUAAAGCAUUUUAUCAUGACUUACAAGGUCAGGUAUUAUAAUGUGUUAUGCUUAUUGUUAUAAAGCCUUAUGAUAGUUAAUGAGUGCUUAUAAUGAUAGUUUAUUAGCAUUAAUAUAUGUAUAAUGCAGUAUCUAUGUGGGCAUUGUCAGUGAGUUCUUAACAGUUAUAACAUAUUAUAAUACCUGACCUUGUAAGUCAUGAUAAAAUGCUUUAUGAUGUGUUAUGAUUAUUGUUAUAAAGCAUUAUGAUCAUUUAUGAGUGUUUAUAACUAUAGUUUUACGGUGUUAUAACAUGAUUAUAACACAUUAUACAUUAUAUUUUAUAAUGCGUUAUACAGCUCGACGUCAAGUAAAGUGUUAGAAAUAUAAUGAUAAUAAUAUGAACAAUAUUGGUUCGGGCUGGCCAGUCGGGUUAUAUUACAGAUCAUGGCCCUUAAUAUACAUAACAAUUUCAGUCCUUAAAGCAGGGUAGUAACAAAAGAAAACAUACAGAUCUCAAUGCACUUAUUACCAGGCAUGAAAAUUAGACAGAGGUCCACAGCAGGACAAAUCAGGAUCCUAUUCAGGGACAAGUGGGAGAGUAGUCUUUUCUGCAUAAGUAAGGAAGAGACCCCACACCUCUCUGAAUUUACGAGAGGAUCUCUUUAAUGUAUAUGGAAUUUUUUCAAGUUUAAGGUUAUUAAAAAUUUCCUUUAACUAGAGGGUAUGUGAAGGGGGUGUUGUUGACUCCCACUUCAUCAGAAUGAAACGUCGAGCUAAUAAAGUAACAAAGGCAACUAUAUCGGUAGGGGCACCAGGGAGAUUCCAAACAAGGCAAUUUAUGACCAACUUUCACUUAUCCUACCUAUGUGAUUUUAAAUCACUUUGUGUCUCAGUAUUCUUGCUCUAAAUCCGCUUGUUCAUGACAGGAAGAGCACAGAAGAAGCUUCACCUCUGGGAUCUUGGUUAUCAUCAGUGUUAUGAGUGAUACCUUUGUUUGACAGGGGAAAUUUCUUCUGCACCCUCUGUGAGGGACUACCCCUGAGUUAGGGAUUCACCUGUUUUUCAGAGGUCUUUCUGUUGUUACAGUCUUGUGAUGCAGAAGACUUGGUCAUCUGAAAUGAAGAAUAGAGAAAGAAAGAAAGUCUAUUUCCGAUCUGACAUCAACUUAAAGGUAACUUCUCAGGGACAGUUUUGCAAGUAAGAUGACUCCAUACUUUUGGUUUUUUUUUUCUUGGUGAAUUUUUUAUUAGGGCCCGACCGAUAUGGAUUUUUUGGGGCAGAUGCCGAUACCAAUUAUUAGGGGGAAAAAAAUCGGAUUACUGAUUGAUCGGCCGAUUUUAUAAUUUUUUAUGAAUUUAUAAAAAAUAUAAAUAUACAGUAUCGGACUCGGACCAGAAAAGCGUUUUCAUAUCCGUCACUCUGCUGUGCUGUGAAGUAGUUAGUGGAUGAAGAUUGUCAUGAGGUCACUGCGCCAUCUACAGGAUAAGUCGGAGGAUCUUUUCAAAUGGCGGAACAUUUUCGAAGUGAAACCAAAUCUUAUUCUCCGCAUUUUAUUUCUGAAAUAUUAGCAAGUUUUGGCCAAUAUUUUCCGAUUAGUCUCAAACGGGCUAACAUUGGCUGGUUUAAUUGGCUCGCUGAUAAAUUGGUCGGGCCCUAUUUUUUAUAUAUAUUUUUGAAAGCUUAUGUUGCAACAGACAAACAAACAUCAAACAAAACAGAUGUAAUGGAGUAGGGGUGGGCAAAAAUAUCGAUAUGGCGAUAUAUCGCGAUACUUUGACUUCCGAUUCAAUAUCGAUAUUCAAAAUAUUAAUAUCGAUUUUUUGUUCAAAUAAUAAAUCAGGUUUCAGACGGGUUAACAAAUCCAGUACGACUUCCGCACCUCCGCUCCGCUAGGUGUCGCUGUACCGCUACCUCACUUCUUCUUCUCUUUUUUCCCCCGCCGGUUGCAGUGAGGAAGAGGAGCCGGGAAAAAAACAAUCAAGCAUGGCUGGUAACGUUAAACUAGAAACGCCCUCGAACUUUAAGGCAGAUGUUUGGAGAUACUUUGGAUUCCAAAGGAAAGGAGAAACACACAAUGAGCUGGACAAAGAGUACGCGCUUUGCAAACUCUGUGUCGCUCCCAUUAGAUAUUCGGGUAACACAACAAACUUGAGAACUCAUUUAGCAAGACACCACCCCGACAUAUUAGCUCAGCCGGAGCCACCGAAACCUUCCGGUCCAAAGCAAACUACACUGGACAUCGCCAAAGUCCUCCCAUCUACUUCAACCCGAGCCCGGGGGAUCACAGAGGCGAUGGUGCAUUUUCUUUGUAAAGAUUUGCGCCCAUACAACGUUGUGGAAAACGUCGGCUUUCGGUGGAUGCUUCAUACUUUGGAGCCGCGCUAUGUGAUGCCGCAGCGUAAGUACAUGGCUAACGUAGCUGUGCCAAAAAUGUAUGACGAGGUGAAGGAGACAAUAAAAACAGUUCUUAGCUCUGCUCCGAGAGUCGCACUGUCCUGUGACGGUUGGACAUCACGAGCCACCGAGUCCUACAUUACAAUAACGGCGCACCACAUUAAUGCCGAAUGGGAGCUGGUAACACAUGUGUUGCAGACGAGAGCCAUGUACGAGAGCCACACUGGCAGCAACAUUGCAUAUUUUAUUUUUUACAUACAUUCAGUGAAGUGUUCAAACAGUGACACAGUUCUUGUCCAGGGAGACAACUGUGAAUUAAAUUUUGUCAUUUAAGGUCAAAGGCAAGAAGCUGCACUUUAUUUUGCAUUUUCAAUUUCAGUGUGUGUGAGACACUGCAUUUUAUUUUGAGUAUUUACUCUAAAUUCAGAAGAAACAUAAUCCACUGAGGUUUCAAUUCAGUUUCAGUAUGUGGACACUGACCCACACUGCAGUUUGUGUCAUAAUUGUGCUCAGGGAGACUAAGAAUAAUGCACACUGCACUUUUCAAUGUGUUUCAGACAGUGUGUUGUUCACGCAAAUAUGUUGUAACUUGCACUUACAAUAAAAUGGCAUCGAUAAUUUGAAUUACAUUGUUUUGACUGUUUGUCCCAUGAAUUAUCACUAUCAUCUGAUGUACAUACAACUGGGAUUUUAAGAUGCAUAAUGCCUUUUACAUUUUUCAGUGAACUAUGUAGAAUAUCGCAAUAUAUCGCAAUAUAUCGCAAACAUUUGGAUAUCGCAAUAUCAUAUCGUAUCGUGACUCAAGUAUCGUGAUGCGUAUCGUAUCGUGAGGUCCUUGGCAAUACCCACCCCUAUAAUGGAGGUCAAAAAUAGUAACAAUAGUAUAAAUAAAUACACAGAAGAAAAUCAAAAUAAGACAGGCAGGUAAGUUGGCAAGGCAAGACAGUUUACACAUCUGUUUACCAAAACUAUCCCAUUUUUCUUUUAUCAUAUCAUUUUCUCAAUUUAAUCUCCCUAACAUCUUCUCACAUGCUACAGUCCCCAUCAUCUGUGUUUCACAUACUCAGUGUGGGAGCUCGGGGUUCCUUCCAACCCCUCAGAAUAGUCCGUACACAUGUUAUUAGGCCAGUUUUAAUAUUCUAACACUGUAUUUAUUCAACAGGAGCACCAUAGUUCUGUCUCCAAGGGGAUAUAAUCUUGGUAAUCUGGGAAGUUUGUAAUUUAAUGAUUUUCUCGUAUAGUCUAUAACGUUUUCCCACCAUGCAUGAAUAAAUCUGCCACUUUCUGCCCCUCACUUCCAACAUAGAUCAUUAUUAAUUAAACCCAAUCUGUUAAAUCUUGAUUUUUGAAAGCAUAUUUAAAUGUAAUCUCAUUUUCCACUGUGCGGCAAUGUGUGUUUUGUCCUAAAAGUAGAUUUUCUGGUAGAAGAGCAGCCCAGUGACCCUGAGAAAAGACUCCAUCCUUGUGAAGGAGUGAGCUGGUUCUUCUAACACUCUUAGUAACGAACACUUCAGUCAUCUCUACAGUUUGCCGUGUCUUUCAGGCAGAGCUGUUUGAUACUUGAGAAAUAACUUUGAAGGCAUCACAAACUGUUUCAGUUUGUAUUUUGGUCAGACCAAUGUGGAUUUGUGCGAGUAGAUUCAGCCUGAAAGCGAAUUUGUUGCAAUAAACAAAAAUAAUAUAAGCGAUGCUCUCUCAAUCAGCAUGUGGACAUUUUUCCUGUCAGACAGAGCCCGGGGCUUAAUGGUCACGCUUUCACCCUGUUAUGAUGCAGACAGAUGAAGCUCCUGCUCGCUUUCAGCUCCUGAUUGCUGCCAGUGUCGAAACUGAAAAACCAGCUUCUGUAUUUGUGUUGGAUUCAGGAGGGCCAUGAAACAAACACAGGUUUUGUGUAAAACAGCAGAUUGUGGCACAUCGUGUAUUUGUCUUAGAUUGUGCAGGCCUGUUUUACAGUGAUCAGGAUGACAGUCGUCACUACGAGGCCUUUUUAUCUCGUAGUUUUGUACAGUCAGUGUCGCUCACCGAGUCUCGACCAGCUGCAGGUGGAAAACCAAACUCUAAUUUUUGCUUUUUUCAUGAGAUUCCCUCAGUCAACAUAGACAGCUCAGCAUCUCCUGCAUGUUAUCUGUGUGAGAAUCAGGGACCGACUGCUAUCAGUAGGUACCUCAUACCAAAUAAGACACUGCUGUGUGGCCUACUUGGAUCUGCGCCAAUGUUGUGAGGCAGAGAAUGUGAGCUGUUUGCAUGAUAGUGGAGCUCUGAGCUGAGCUGAGCUGAGUGCAGUCACCGCUUAACGCAGCUUUCUGUCCAGAUCUGAAUCAACAGGAAGUGGAGGAAACAUGCAGCGGUGGGUUAUUGAAAAUAGUUUUUUUUCUAUACCUGUUUAUAAAAGUUUAAACAAGUAUGGUACAGGAGGAAUCAAGUUUCCGAGGACUAGCAGUGCAACAACAAAUCCACCUUGAAAUCGCUUUAUUCGUAGAGGUAGAUCGCUUUAGUGUUAUCUCUAAUAAUCAGCUAGAAAUCACUUUAUUUGGAUAUCUGCAUGUUUUUUUCCCCACUUGACGAAAACAUUAACUUUACCAUCAACAGCUUUAAUACCGUGUUUUUAAUAUGUAACCAGAGUUCAUGGUAAACAGUCGACAUCAACACAGGAAACUGAGCAUGAGUUUGUCGAGAGCUCGCUCUGUGACCUGUGUAAGUUGUUUUGAGGAACAUUGACGACGUUUAACAUAAAUCCAACUUGGAGCUGCAGCAGUAGGGAGAGAUGCAGCUCACAGUAACAGCGUUAUAGAAGUAAAUCGUGUUACUGAGAGUGAAGGGAGUGUUUUGUUACCUGGUCUGGAUGGGAAAAGAGUCAGCACCAAAAAUUCCAGACUCAACUAAGACUGUCUGCCCCUGAUGCACUUUAGAGACGUAAAGCGCUGCUCUGUCUUCAUCAGGGUUUUCUGUUUGUCAUUGCUGCAGAAAGUUAAAUGAAACCCCGACUGAGACACGCAGACAAAGGGUGUCAGGAGGUGCAGCGAGUCGAUAGGCUGCUAACUUUAUCUCUGAUUUUUCUCUUGGGGGUCUUCUCCUCCUCACAAUGACUAGACUGGAUAAUUAAAAACCAUGAGAGUACAAAAUAAAGCACUUAAAGAUGAAGAAACCUCAGUGUCUGAAGCACUCUUUAGCUGAGGCUGGAUGUGAAGUGUUUCCUUUCUGCCUGUUGAUUCACAGAUUUACAAGAGAACCACUGAUGAGUUUUUCAAUUACUUAAAGGUGGGGUAGGCAGGAUCUGAGGAAGUGCCAGUUUAAUUACAAAUGGGGCCCAGUCAAGGUGAAAGUAAAAAGCAUUGGUGCUACUGUAGAUGCCAACAGACUACCAGCAAACACAACGUUUGCAGGACUUCUACAACUAGGAUAAAGUGACAUAGUCCAGGACCCGAGGUCAACAGUUUAGCGGCGCUACAACACGCUACAGCAGGUCCGUUUGACAAGAAACACUUCUGUUACAGACACUUGGCUUACUUUGUUAAAGUGGUUUACCUGUCCAGCAGAAAGGUUACAGGGUCACGAAGAUCCCCAAGCGUCCUCCAUCGUUUAUGUCGACCCGGCUACUUAGCUCUUGUCCGGUCUACCUCAUUUUAAGCGCCCGUUAUUCUGCCAGAGUCUCCGGUAUUUACUUUGUUUUCUUGCUUGUGUUGGCAGUCGUGGUCAAAGGAGGAUUCAGACAAUUUUCUGAACUUUCUGGUUGGUCUUUACUGUCUGAUAUUGUAGCACGCUAACUUUGUUUGGACUCGUGAACGACACGGGGGAACAGCGUCUGCCUCACAACCAAUCAGGUCGGGGGAAUGUCUUUGUUUACAGUCAGAAAGAGCGGGCCGCACAAAACUUUAAAAUGUUGACUACACAGAUAUAACAGAACAAAGCGAUACCGUUAAAUUCCCAAAUGUCAUCAAUAACUAAUAGCUAUCGACUGAUAUUAAAAGCUUUCUUGUAAAUACACCACAAAAAAAGAUGCUUCUUUAACGGAUUUCUGCCUACCCCACCUUUAACUUCAGCUAGGUCUACAUAUGGACUCUGCUUGGAUAUGAUGCACAAGAAUAAAUCAGUCUCUAGUCUGUCAGUCUCAGUCAUAAAUAUCCGGCUCUACAUUACGACCGGCUACUGAGAUUGUUGGAUUAUAUGAAAAUCUGCUUCUGUGCAGCUUUGAACUCAGAGAGUGAGGUUUCUGCAUCUUUCUGAGAUCUCUCGAUGUGAGCUCAGGCGUCUUUUUUUCCUUCUGAAAACAUAAAGUCUGGAUUAAUACUGGUGGUCGUGUUGUGUUCAGGCCAUAUGCUCACUAAUUCUGCUUCUGUUAAAGCUGAAACCAGACACAGCUACCUCGGGAGGAAGCACAAAUCCAGACUGAUAAUGAUCACCACUCUGUCCCAGUCGGUGGCUGAACCUCUAAAAAUAACGUUUUUUUUUUCGUAGAGUAAAUUUGUUCGGGUGUUCAUGUGCAGAAUCUUUUGUACUUUUGCUUGUGCUUUGGUGUUUCAGAAGUGUUGCUAUUACGGCCGCUGUUGCAGCUUGUGUGUUCGCUGCCACUUCCUGUCUCUAUGCAAAGUGUAAACGCAGGAGGACAGAGCUCAAGGGUGAGAAGUUCAUGUUAGUCAGUCAGCGCGCGGUGAGAGGAAGUGAUGUUGUGCUCUGGCCUCGGAGGGUGGGGCUGGUUUGCGAUUGUUUGUCAGCUGUUUGCUGCAAGGAUCAUGUCUCCAUGCAGAUUCUCUUUUAUUUGCAAUGCAAAAGCUCAGAGGGGCCGAGAAUCAGUCCAUGUGUCGUCGUCAGGAGGGAGAGAGGGAGGCGAGCAGAGGGUUCGACUUCAUUUUAGUUUCAGAGCGAUGAGCACAGAAACCAUCAAAAGCUCAGUAAACCAUAAAACUAGGAGGCAGUUUGGUGAAGUUAGUGCUCUCUGACGAUAAGGCAGCUGCUCGAUGAUGUUUUACAACAAACACAAUAAAGAGCAUUAAGUCGUCUAAUAGAAGACAAAUAUUUACCUGUUCAUGCACCGUCACACACCCCUCCUUUGAUCAUGCAACCGGACCUUUCCUCUCACUGUAAAACUGCAAUAACAGUUUAAUUUAUCACACUUUUGAACGCAGAAAAUGCAUUUGUCCACAGACUGUAUAUAGAAUCGACACCGUCUGCCUCCUCGCUGGGUGAAGCCACCCCGAGAACAGCACCCUCUGGUGAUGAGCUGCAGUAUAGUUCAUAAAUCCCGCCUCCUCCAGCAAUCCCUAUGGAGCUGUGGACAAAUUUUAGAAAUUAAAUGCAGACUGGUUUGUGCUCAAGUCCUCUUUUUUCUGUACAGCUCCAUUUUUAAAGUUAUUAAGGGGUUCAUGUUGUCCCACAAUUGACACUUGAUACAGCCUAUAAGCGUACGAAGAUUGCGUAGCUCACCCGGGGGGAUACGCUGUUUAAGCCGAGCGUCAUCAAAGUGACUCUACUGCCGAAUGUGUACAAUGCUACUGCACAAUGUAGGUUUCAGGAGGUGGAGUAAAAUCCCGGAAAUACCAAGAGUUCUUCGGCUUCAAGUCCGCAUACUGGCGGAAGGCGAAGACAAGUUGUCCAUAUUAGGGCUGAGCGAUAAACCAAAAGUUUACCAAUGUCGAAGUUUACAACAAUAACCAACGUCAUUAUGCCCAUAUUGGUAUAUUCGGUGUCAAAAAAAGGAAAAAUAAAAUUUUCUUUAUUUAUGCAAAUCAUCAAACAGGAACACAGAUCAUUGUCGUCCGUUCAAUUAACCUCAGAAGUUAGUGAUGACGCCACAUUUGAGUUAACAGAUACAAGUUUGUAGAGUUUUUCAGCCAUUGAAGUCCAACUAUGAUCAUAUUAAUUUUAAUAUUAAAGUGUGGAUGUUGUCCACAUAGUUAGUUGAUACUGAGUGAUAACAAUUCUAAAGAAGUAGGGCUGGGCGAUAAACCAAAAAUUUACCAAUAUUGAAAUUUAUGAAAAUAAUUGACGUCAUUUUGCCCAUAUCGGUAUACUCGGUGUCAAAUAAAUAAAUAAAUAAAAGUUGGUUUGGAUGUGUGUUGGUAGGCUUUGGUCUCAUGUCCCUUUAAGACGCUGUCCUACGUCGAGGAAAGACCGAUGAGGAGAUGGAGGACGGUUCAAAAGUUGUAGCGGCUGAAGUAGACGAAGUUAACGUUGGAGGGAGUGAGCAGUUUGUGGAGUAGUUAUCGUCCAUUUAUCGUCAUUGAGGUGAACUGCUCGAUAUAUCGUGAUAUUGAUUUGAGACCAUAUCGCCCAGCCCUAGUCCAUCCAUAAACAGUCUAUGGUUAUUAUUUAACAGAUCAAUAUUAAUUAUAUUAUUUCAUAACCUAUUAUUAUGUCACCACUAGGGAUAAAAUCCUGAUGAUACUCAUCCUAACCCAACAUGUGGUUUCUCAUUGUGUUACUCUGUUGUGGUAGCCUUAGAGCCAAACGCACAACGACUAGUUUACUACACACACAUAUAUACACACACACACACACACACACACACACACACAGUGCUGUUCUUCCUCGCCUGCUCUGCGAGCUCACAGUAAUCCCAUCUCCCUCGUUACGCCUCAGUUACUUCCUCUGAUGCCGGCACAGUGGAGGGACGGCUCGGUCCCACCAGCACAUCUCUGUUUCAUUGCGUCUUGAACCGGCGAAAUGAAAAGGGCGGGUGAUUAAUUGGCUCAUGAUGAAGUGCACUGCCCGAGUCUUUCUUUCUUUCUACUCUUUGUCCUGGGAUAGAUGCUUAUAAGUUUACGCACACACAGCCCUCGUUUCUGGUAGCCAUGAUUAAAACUUAAGUUAAAAAAAACAAUACAGGAAAGAUAGUUUUACUGAACUAAAUCAUGACUGAAGAGGGAACGUAAACUGUCCUGGGAUGAGAGAGAGGAUGGAGGUGGAGGCAGGGAUGAGGUAAAAUGUGUAAAAGUGUGAAUAUGCUCUGAUCUCCAAUCUCAGAUCCUGCAUUAUACCUUUGUAGGUCAUCAGCUUAUUCCUCUCUCUACAUGAUUAUGCAGCUCUUGUUUCUCCUCUCAGUACCUCCGUAGAGCUGAUGCUGUUCGUAAAAGCGGACGGUUUCAUUGUGGAGCUGUUAUGCCAGCUGUCUGAUCGCUUCUCGAGAACAUGCUUAGAAAAGGUCUGUUUGCUUGAGGGUCAGGUAAACACAAAGUGCCGAGAGAGGCCUAAUGCACACUUGACUGAAAUAAAAGGAGUUUACAGAACAAAUAAGGAUUUCAUUGUUGCUUCUGUUUCCUCUCAGUUUAUAGAGUUUACAAAGAGAGUAUUUUCUACAGUUUUAAGUGGUUUUCUUAUACUCAGGGAGAGUUUGAUUGUACAGAGAGGACGACAGAGUUUGCUUCAGGAUCACAGAGUGUAUCCUCUGAAAUUCAAAGUAUUACUCUGCAGUUUUUUGAUAUUUGGAGAUAUUAUUUGAUUUAUGAGCAGAAAGACAGAGUGUAACUUUGAGGCCCUAACUCUUUUCUCUGGCGCACACACACUCAGUUAUUGUGAAGGACAGAUUUUUGCUUUUAGAAAAGGCCAAACUGCUUAAACAUCCAGCCAGAUCGAUGAUUGAAGAUGUAAGAAAAUUCUCAGAGGCUUGAUAAAAGUCCCACUCAGAUUGUUUUUUUUUUCUCUACUUAAAGUGUUCUCAGUGGUCUUUAAAUCAAGUUUCUAGCCAAAAUCACGUUUCCUGUGUCAUUUUUAGGGGUUUUUCUUCUGCAGAGCUCCAGUAGCUCAUCCUCUGCACACUCCUUUUCUCACUAGCUUGUAGCCUAAUAGGGCGCUCACACCAAGUGCAAGUAAAAUUACCUACUCGCUUAAUUUGCGCAAAUCUAAACACAUGGAUAGUAUUUACUUGCUUUAUUCGCUUAAUUUCAACGGUAAUCCCUGCCGAUUCAACCAGUGGGAUCAAGUGAUAGACAAAGGUUUUUUACAAUUCACCAGAUAAUCCGACCUCCUCACUCACUUACCUCCGUUUGAGCUCCUUUUUAUUCCAGUUUCGGUAACUGAAAGAAAAGGUAUCAUAGAAUUCAGGGCACCCACACACCGACACGAUCAGUUUGUCCUCCAUUUAAGAUACCAGUAAACAACCGUCCAUUUUCAUAUGUCACCUGGCAACCUUUGUGCUCAUUAGUUAUCGCGAUGCAAAUAUCCACUCAAAUUGAGACUUUUUCAGCUCUCGCCCAAUUCGGGUCAUUUGCGCCGCUAGAGUAGUAGGAGCGUCUAAUCGCGUCUCUGCAUUGACUUAACAUGUAAUUCAUUCACGUGAAUGAUUUUACUCACGCUUGGUGUGUGGAGGCAGUAAAAUUGCCGGUGUAGUUGAAGUGGCAGUUAACAGAGCAACUAUUCCGCUCUUGGACACUAAUGUCUUUGGGGACAUGAUGAAAGUUAAAAUCAUAAUUAGCUUUUUUACGAGAAUUAGAAUAGUCUGGCCUGCAGAGUUGGGCUCUGGGGGCGGAGCUUGUAGUUGUGACAUAGGAAAUCUCACUGUGUCUGAGCCUGCUGUUUGGGUCUGCCAGAGGUUCACAGAGAUUUUAAUUUCGUACUUAUUUUUCUCAUGAUUUGUCCUGUAGCAUCAGAAAAAUGCCAUAUGAACAUGUAGACAACAAGAAAAACAUGAUUUUUAUUGGAGUGGGUCUUUAAACUCUUCAACAAUCAAAUAUGCAGGUCCUUAAAGGGAUAUUCCGGCUUCUCUAGUUAUACCAACUUUAAUAAUGACCGUACAAUAGCAAUAUACAGCGGUCUAUGUCUCCAUGCGCAAACCUCAACCAAAAAUCUACACUAUAGCCACAAAUAAUGCUCAGAACAAUACCCAACUUCAUCAACAGUAGCCUUGUGUUCCCAAAAACCUUCAGUCAAGCCCAAAGAUGUCUUGUUAGCAUUUCUUCAGGAUGCAGCUUCCUGGAGAUCUGAGCAUAUUUGGGUCAAUAAUCUGUGAAAACAAACGGGAACAGGAGGAACUGAAGAGGAAAGAUGAGAUUAUGAUAGACUAACAUGGCCCACUUCUGUGUUGACUUUAGGUCCAGCUCCAGAGAUGGAGACAGAAGGCAGAGCCUCACAUCCAGCAGUUAUUAGUAAACAGAGCGAGGCCCGGAGGCAACGGUUCAACAUUUUUAGAAGCACAGUGACGGAGUUUCUCUUCCUGUCGUACAUUAAAGACACAGACCUCAGUUUGAGACAACAACAGGCCUGCUUGUUUUUGAUCUUUGUCAAAUUUUAAACAGAGGAAAAGUUUGUUAAACGGCACACAGGGGAGCUGUAAAUUAUGAACCAAACAACUGAUCAAUAAUCAACAAUGAAAAUAACUGUCUGCUGUGGUGUUCACUGUCAUUACUCCUUGAAUCUGCGGCUCCCCUCAGCUCAGGAAAGCUUCACGUUUUGCUCUCUUGACCACAGUUUUAUGAUGUCGUCUCACUCAGCCUUUCUCACUGUGUCAUUUUGUGGAGAGUGGUUGUAGCGUAGUCUGCGGUGACUACACUUGGAAACCAGAGGAAGGCUGGCUCAAGUCCUGGACUGAAGUCAGGGUUACUUCCUGUCUGGCCUCUGCUAAGAGGGCCCUGGAGGAAACGCUGAGGCCCCUGACCAAGAAGGGUCACUGUAUCGUGUGCAGCCGCCUUUACUCUGACAUCUCUGUGCAAGAUCUAGCUUAUGCAAAUUUCUGCUGUGUGUGUGACAAAAGUGAUUUCCCCUCCUGGGAACAUGGUAUCUCUAAUUAUUGUUAUCAGCCAGGUUAGUUUUUUUUCUUUUCUUUUUUAAAGAGAAACACUUUUUUCUGCGAAUCAUUAAACAGGAACACAGAUGGUUGUGGUCUCUUCAAUUAACCUCAGAAGUUGGCGGUGGGGAUGACGACACAUUUAAGUUGACUGAUACAAGUUUGGAGAGUUUUUCAGCCAUUAAAGUCCAACUAUGAUCAUAUUUAUUUUCAAUAUUUAAAGUGUUGAUGUCGUUCGCAUAGUUAGCUAAUACUGAGCGACAACGACACGUCUACAGAAGUAGGGCUGGGAGAUAAACCGAAAAUUUACCGAUACUGAAAUUUACGACAAUAACCAGGGUCGUGUUGUCCAUAUCGGCAUAAUCGGUGUCAAAAAAAUAAAAAGAUAAAAGUUGGUUUUGAAUGUGUGAAGGUAGGCUAUGGUCUCAUGUCAUUUUAAGACACUGUCCUACGUCGAGGAAAGACAGGUGAGGAGAUGGAGGACAGUUCAAAAGUUGGAGCGGCUGAAGUAGACAAAGUUUAUGUGGGAGGGGGUGAGCAGCCUGUGGAGUAGUUAUCGUCGAUUUAUCGUUAUUGAGGUGAACUAAUUAUAUAUAUUGUAAUAAUGAUUUGAGGACAUAUCGCCCAGCCCUAUACAGGAAUGACCUGCACAACAGUGUUUGUGUUUCUCCUAGUUUCCAAGUUUGAUUACUGACUUUAGAGGACGUCUCCUCAGAUGACGUGUCAGUGUUUGUACUCGACUUUUCUCUGGAAUGAUCGGAGCUUUAAUGGAUGAAUGAGGCCAGAUAAACUUUUCUUAUGAAGUUGUUGAUUCAGCCAGUGUCCUCUCUGUUAUUCCUACUUUUUAUCAGAUCAGAUCAGUUUACUUUAUUAAGCACCUUUAUAAGAAACAGUAUUGACCAAAGUGCUUCACAGUAGGUCAAUAUUAAAGAGGAGGGCAGCAUAAUAAAGUAGAAGCAAACGAAGAAAGAUGAUGAAUAAAUGAAAAUGUGAAAUAGAGGAAUCUGAGAGACAGUGUUACAUGUGCAAAUUUUCUUGAUCCGAUUAAAAAUGAGAGGGAUCUGAAAAUCUGAAUUCACUGUUUAUAAAAUGAAAUAAUCCUGACUUCAGUAAAUAAAGAGUGAAGAUCGAGUCAGGUUAGGUUUAUCGUCAUAAACCAACCCUCUCGUUUGGAAUACAGUUUCUUUCAGAUUGAGCCGAAUUGGAUCAGAAUCUUCGAAUCAAAAUAUUUACAUGAUGCUUUUUUAAUCCUCAUAUUUAAAUGCAGCUAAUGAAGAACCUGAGGGAACAGGUUGUGUCUUUCAUCUAGAUUCAAAAAUAGCUAAAGAAAAAUUGUAAAAAGCAAAUUAUUCCUGAGGUUUGGGGCGGCUGAGCAGCUGAUCUCUGAGCGCUCUGGGGUUGGAAAGAAGGAGAAGUUUGGAGACGUACAUAAAGUAUCAAAACAAAGAACCUUUGAAUUUGUCACUGUUUUAGAAUAAACUCUAAAUUCAGGCUUUUCAUCCCGCUGAUAUCCUCUAACAGUUCUUUCUCUGUGCUUCAACCACAGACCCGAAACCUGGAGACUGGAGAACCAGACCUGACCACAGCAGACCGGAGCACACCAGGUUGAGCCCAGUGACUGACCCCUCCCCCCUCUCCCCUUCCUCAUUCAGCAUCCACCAGCAAACUGCGAUCGUCUCAUUUGGCAGCAGGUUACUGUGCUCGUCAGAAGACCUCUCACCACUGGGACCGGACAGGAGGCCCAGAGGUUCCCCACGCUGGAGCGCUAAGCUGUGCCUGGCAAUGCCUCAGGUGAGACGGACAACAGAGGACAGGUGUCCAUCUGCACGGGUCACCUGGAACCACCUAGAAUAUUAAAAGCUUUUAAAACGUAUAAAAUCAAAAAAACUCAUGAUGUUGUUAAACUUUGAAACCUUCAAAUAAAGUUCAGGUUGAUUGUAGGGCUGCACGAUUAAUCGAUUUUAAAUCGUAAUCGGAUUAUUUGAUUAUGACGAUGUUAAAAAACUUAAAAUCCUCAAAUCGAUUUUCCUCUCCCGCUGCAGGCCACUGUAGGCUCCCUCCUUCCUGAAAGAGCACUUCCCAGUUCCUAAACACACACCAGUGUAAACAAACAUGGCAUUUGCAAAAGAAGGCGAUAAUUUCGUGGUUAAAUAGGACAAGAGCGAGUCAGUCGUGUGGAAUUGGUACGACUUCUCAGUUUCAGAUGAAGAGCAAACCACUCCCAGCUGAAAAGUCUGUGUGACGGCGGUAUCAACGCGUCACCACGGUAACGAAUUCAGGAGUAAGCGCCAGAGAUUUUGUCAUAUCAGCGUUUCAUCCACACGGGUGACUGUAAACGGUACUUUUUGAAAACGUGUCAGAGAGUGCUUAAAUCCGUAAACGACGACCAUUUCAUCUCUGUGUGGAUGUCUAUCUGCAUCUCUGGAAACGAUCAUUUGACACACAGAGUAACUCUUUUAUGGCGCCUGCGUGUGUCCUGCCAAAACAACCUUUAUACACAUCCUCUGUACUCUUCUUCUGUCUUUUGUGCAUUUCCUGUGCAGCGUUACAGCGCCACUCAAUGGCUUGGCAUAGGCAAUACAUCAUUAUCACUGCUUUCGUUUUAAGAGACGAUAGAAAAACUUUAUUUUUAAAGUGAAGUUUGGUGAAGUUGUCACUGAAAAAAAAAAAAUCUAAAUCGAAAUUGGAGUUUUAAAGAAAAAAAUUAGUAUUUUAUUUUUGGCUAAAAUCGUGCAGCCCUAGCUGAUUUCUGAGGAAUUGAAAGAUUUGAUAAUAAAAGAUUUUGAGGUUAAUAGAAAAUGUUGAAUGCUUCAGAUUAUGGGAAUAUAAACCAAAAUCUGAAAAUCUAAAAAAAUAAUGGAGACAAAUAAGAGACAGUAUCAGAGAUGUGAGGGUUUAUGGGAGCUGACUGAACUGACUGAGGUUUAGUGUGUAAACAUUUAAUAUCUCAUAAUAACAUAUUCUGAUGUUAUCCUCCAUGUUUUUUGAUGAGUGAGAAUAAUAUUUUAUGUUAAGGAUUUAAUUUAUUUCUGGGCUGUUUAAUUAAUAUAAACGUUGUUAAAACAGCCUAAAAGUUGUGGACGUGGUUCUCAACUCAAGAAAAGCCGAACAGAUGAUAAGGAUUAAAAACAGACUAAAGGUUUCAAGGUUGGAGAUGACGACGUUGACCGUCAUUAACGUCAGUGUUUGCUGUUGUUUUGUUGCAGCCUAGCGUCAGUGGGAUGGAGCCUCCCUUUGGGGACGCGUUUCAGAACUACUCCUUUGCUGACCAGGCCCUGACCAGCACUGAGCUGCUCGCCACCAGCUCUGACCCAGAUUUCAUGUAUGAACUGGUGAGUAGGCUGCGCACACAAACACAGACACACACAGAUGUGCAAAAAGGUCCCAAAAACACUCAAAAUCAUUCACAAAGACUCUGAAAUCAUCGGCAUAGUUAAAAGCUUUUUGUGUAACUUUUGCUGUCGCCCACACCUGCGUAAAGGAAGACACACACGACAGACAGGCUGCAGACUUUACGAGCCUUACUUCAGAUCAGUCACAGCUGCUCAUGCUGUGCUGUCACUGAUCUGAACAGACACUCAACAGAGAAAACUCAAACCAACAUUACCAAGAACCAGGAUGAUUUCAAGUUUCUUUGAAUCCUGCCCUCCUGUUGUCGUAGAAGAACAUGAUUAAAAACCACGAAGAAAGGUUUAUCUGUGUUCAGAUCUCAAAGAUGACAGGAUAUGAAACAGCUUUAGCCCAGCAGCUCACCUGUCAUCAUCACAGUGUCAGCUGCAGGUGUCAAAAUCAGUGAACUGUCUGCUUAAGACUAAACCGCAGUGACUCUCAGUUUCUUUCACAGUCGAAAAAAACAGUGAGAUACAGAAGUGUGGCUUCAGUUUACUCAUCAACAUUAAAGGUGGGGUCGGCAGGAUCUGAGGAGAGAAAUCUUGAAUAUAAACUCUACCCCUCUCAACCAGUUUUCCCCUCAGCCCACAAACAGACGCUCCUGCUCACUCGUAUCGUUCCAAUUAAAUUCAGAUAUAAUGCAGAUAAAGACUUCAGAUAAUUACAAAUGGCGUCCAGUCAAGGUGAAAGUAAAAAGCAUUGGUGCUACUGUAGAUGCCAACAGACUACCAGCAAACACAAUGUUUGCAGGACUUCUACAACUAGGAUAAAGUGACAUAGUCCAGGACCCGAGGUCAACAGUUUAGCGGCGCUACAACACGCUACAGCAGGUCCGUUUGACAAAAAAACACUUCUGUUACAGACACUUGGCUUACUUUGUUGAAGCGGUUUACCUGUCCAGCAGAAAGGUUACAGGGUCCGGAAGACCCUAAAGCGUCCCCAUUUGUUUAUGCUGAUGUCGACCCUGCUUCGUAGCGCUUGUCUGGUCUACCUCCUUUUUAAGCGCCUGUUAUUCCGCCAGAGUCUCCAGUAUUUACUUCCUUUUCUUACUUGUGUUGUCAGUUGUGGCCAAAGGAGGAUUUAGACAAUUUUCCGUACUUUCUGGUUGGUUUCUUCUGUUUGAUAUUGUAGCACGCUAACUUUGUUUGGGCUAAUGAACGACACGGGGGAGCAGCGUCUGCCUCACAACCAAUCAGGUCGGGGAGGUGGAGAAUAGCUGUGUUUACAGUCAGAAUGAAUGGACCGCUUAGAAAUGUUAAAAAGUUGACUACACAGACAUAACAAAACACAGCGGUAUCGUUAUAUUCCCAAAUGUCAUCAAUAACUAAUAUCUAUUGACUGAUAUUAAAAGCUUUUUUGUAUAUACACCACAAAAAGAUGCUUCUGCCAACCCCACCUUUAAAAGAAUCAGAAAAAAAGAUCUUUUAGCUCCUGUUAGACGUGCGCUGAUACAGACCUGAGCCUGCCACAGACUCACCAUGUUGUCAGAUCCCCUCAGUCUGUGAUUGUUAAAGUUUAAUCCAAUUAGGACAGUAAAAAUUAUGCCUCCAGCUGCUUGACUCAUCAUCAUUUGUUUGUUUUCUGCAGGACAGAGAUAUGACCCACCGGCAGAGCCCUUGUGGGGACAGCGUGGUUGGGAUCGGAGAUGGAGGGAAGGAGGUGGAGGGCUGUGUGGAUCAGCUGAUGGGUCUGGGCGAGAGUGAGAGAGAAGCCUACAGCAACUCAGCGUUCGAGCAGUGGGACUCCUACUGGGAGGACCUCACCAGGUACGCCACCAUUGACUCAUGUGCUGAUUAAGUUUAGUUAUGAUCACAUUUUUAAAAGAAGUUAUGUAGUUAUGGGAUGAUUUGUGAGACGGUUUAUGAUGUCAAAAGAGAAAGAAGUGCCUGGCAGGAUGGGACCUCUUUGCUUGUGAAGCCUGUCGUGUUCCUGCAUAAUUCACAUUUUUCUCUUAAAUGUAGGAAAAAUCGACUGAAUAAUCCCACCGACUGUUCAUACUGAUCAUGAAGUCAGGAGAUGAUUUGUUCUAGCCUUUUGGGCCACAGCGCUUCAAUUUUUGGUUCGUAAACAACCGACAACAAAGCAAGCAAAACUGAUCCACUGCAUUUGUGCCUCCACAGUCGGUACUUUAGUUCGUUCUGGGUUGGUAUCAUGUCCACAGCCUUGCUGCAGUGAAGCGUUUCUAAAGGACAUACUAUAUUGAAUAACAACUAAACAUGUAUUACAAGUACAGUGGGGUUUCAUCUCUGUUGCCCGGAGACAGAACAACCUUUUAUAAACAAUAAAAUCUCCGUUUGUGACCCUGUUCUUUGAAAAUAAGGUCUGUUUCAUCGGGAAUGACUCAGCGUUUGGCCGAGAGCCACAGACAGAAACUGUUUAGAGAUGGACCAGUAUGUGUGUUUUGUUUUGGUCCUCCAUGUGAUUUGUUGGUGUAAGCUAAACAUAGCCAAUACUGGAGAUAUCCUUUAUGAUUCAGGGCACAUACUCUCUCUGCUCUCUCUCCACUGAACGGGUUUUCUUAGCAAAACAACUUGGACAGUUUUUCUUCUUCACAAGACCAAUAAUGUCUCUACACUCGAGUAGGGCUGUAAAGUCCUAGUCGACUGGUCGAUACUUGUUGAGUCGACCUGAUUUUUUCUUUAAUUACAGUCAUUUUACAUUUAUCUCAGUUUACAGUCUAUGGUUAAUUUCAUCAGGAGGAACGUACCAAGUGCUAAUGGGGGUGUUUUCAGAGCACCCUCGUUUCACAGGUAACAGCCUGUCUCAGAGUGUCCACGUCAUCGUCUGCGAUGUGCAGAGCUGACAGCCCGCUUUUGGCUCGAGCAUUUGUUGACGUUUCCAGCUUUUCUAGCCAAUCAGAGGCAAAGGAGGCGGGACUUUCCCCUACCGUCCAACAAAAAAAUUAUCGCGCCCGGUGGUUUGCUGGAUAUUUAUUUUAAUUUUAAGCGUUUCAACUUGCCUUUUGUUUUUAAUUUCCUUCUUAUGCUGGUAUCAGUAUAUUUUCACCCCGUCGAGCUGCGUCGUCCCCCGCUGCAGAAGGUUUUGCUGUCAGAGUCGGAACCCCAGUGCUGCCCCCUGAUUAGUCGAUUUUGGUCGAAAAUUUCAGGGUUCAUUACAGCCCCACACUCGAGAAACACAGACACUAUGUUCUUAUUCGUGCUGCAUAUUUUUGUAUACUUGCGGUAUGGAAGUCAUCCGUGGCCAGCUCAGAGUAUGGCUGCUGUAAACGGAAACGUUUAUCCUCAAUCAAUCCGCAAAUAGUUUACGAUUUGCAAAAUUAUGGAAAUGACUCAAAGAAUAUAUUUACAUUUUCAUAUACAAGAGAAAAUCUGAUCUGAUUCUGACAUCUUGAGUGUAAUAUAAAGGUUAUUAAAAUGUAAAAUGUAUGAUGAGUUGAAGGAGUUGUGUGAUCUCUGUCCUUUUACUUCUUUUAUGGUCCUAAUCCCUGUGUUUUUUAUCGCGUCUCUUUCUUUUAAGUUUUUGUGUUUUUAUUACAUUUUAAAUCUUCUUUGACCUGCUUUAAUGUCUGAGGUUUUUACUUCUGCAGUGUUUGUUCUUUUUGAUUUUACUGUGCAGCACGUUGGUGAACUUACAUGUUUUAAAAUGCGAUGUAUAGAUAAAGUGGACUGGAUCAUGGAUCAGAUCAACUCAGGAGGGUUUUUUAAGGAAGGGGUCUUCAGUUUUUUGGGCCAGGUACCUUUAUGAGUAAAAGCCGAGUCCUUAGCAGUGACCUGAGACACUGCAGAGAGCGGAGUCGUGCUCUAAGGUUGUAUCUGAUUUCUGCUUUAGGAAGACGGCAAAUAGAAAAGAAGACGACAGUCAGUGAAUGUUACAGGAUUGGACUGUUGCCUAAAGGUUUUCACAGUAGCUGAGUUUACCAUCAGUGACAGAAAACAACCUCAAGCCAGGACAGCCCGGUCUGACAGUGGACGAUUUAAGGCAGGUCCAGAUUCUGCUCUAAGACAGGGAGGGGUUUAAAGGGGGUCGGUAAACAACAAAGCCUCCUGCUGCCGCAGUCUCCCGAGGUCUCAGGUGAUGCUCCCUCUGUCCUGCGGCCAAUCCUGAUGCUUUGCUGCUUCAACAGUUUGUGUUUCCCCUCCUCUGAAGUCGAGUCUCAGAUAAAGGCAGACAGCAGUUUUUUUUAAAGUCCAAAGGCUGUGAAGUCUGAGCUGGAUACUCCUGAUUGUUGCAGAGUUGAAGUGAAGGAAUUGAGUCAUUCAUUCACAACCCAGACGGUUCAGAACCGUCCAGAGCUCAGAUGGUUUAUGGCAGGGCUUGAACUUUUUCCACAAUGAGCACAUGAGCUCCUAAGUUGAAAAAUUAAGGACGCAGUUUGUUUUCUGAUGCACCUUUGCUCCUUGUUGUUGUGGUUUUUACCAAACCCCCUAAAAAGAUUAGAGCAGCGUCUGUGCAGGUGUGUGUGUGUGUGUGUGCAUGUCUUGAAACCGGAGCUACCAGAUGUCUUCCUCAGACCGCCUCUGAGCUCUGAGCUCCCUGUGCGCCUCUUUGAUUUGUUGGUUUGUAGAAAAAUGAAGCAGUUUUACAGGUUUGUCCGUGCAGAUGUUACAGGAGAUAAAAUCAAAUGUUUAAGAUGCAAAUUUACAGGGAAAAAAAGAUAAAUAAUCUUGACUGAGUGACCCUCAUGUGUCUGUUCUCUGCAGAUACACACGGCUGGCCAGCUGUGACAUCUGGGGCACCAAAGAAGUGGACUUCCUCGGACUGGAUGACUUCUCCAGCCCCUACCAGGACGAGGAGGUGAUUGGUCGAACCCCGACGCUAGCCCAGCUCAACAGCGAGGAUUCGCAGUCUGUGUGUGAGGCGCUCUACCCCCCUGCUGACCUCACCCUUCCGGGCCUCCAGCCUCAGCCGUCCCAGUUUCCGUGUCACAGUAAGAGACCCCUGGUCCCCAGCCAAGGAUCAGGCCCCAGCUCUGCGCGGCCCUCCCAGAACACCACGUCCUCUUCCCGUCCUUCCCGCAGCCUUCUCCUCGACUUCCCCGAGAGCCCUCAGAAGGCCACCAGACCCGUCCCCUCCAGCACAGAGACUAUGGCCAAAACUCAGACCUUCCUCAGUCUCACCCAGGACCACAGCCAAGCUCAAACCAAGGCCCAGGGGAGAGGAACCAAGAUGGCCGCCCCGAAUUCUCCCGGCUUUGACUUUGUGCGGAAAGCUAAAGUCCGCGUCAGCACUGUGCUCAAAACUCAGCCUGACAAGCUCUCCCAGACGGACUUUGAGAGGUCAGAACCUCCUCCCCUUCCCCAGCCCCAGGACGAAAAGGCCUCCACUUCAGCAAGUGCCACCAUGGGGGGUCCUCCUGCUGCGGCGGCCGGGAGCUCCGGCAGCCUGACCAGCUUUGAGAGGAGGGCCGCCGAGGGGGCCGUGAAGAGAGAGAUGCCCGUUGGCUGGUCUGCCUCCGUGCCUCAGCUGGUGGAGGCGAGCCAGGCGCUGGACAGCGUCACCUCCGGGCUCGUCAGCAGCGGCGAAAGCGUGGCAGGAGCUAGCGGCGGGGUUUUGGUGGUCGAGGGCACCGAAAAGAGCAAAGAGGAAGAACACAACUACUCUCUGUUCCUGACCCGCAGCAGACUAGCUGGAAGAGCUCACUCCCAGUUAGAGGAGGAAGAGGAGGAUGAGGAAGAGGAAGAGGAGGCAGAGGAGGAGGAGGAGGACGGCGAUGGACUGGAGCUGGAUGAUGAAGACCAUGACGAGGGUUUUGGCAGUGAGCACGAGCUCUCUGAGAACGAGGAGGAAGAGGACGAAGAGGAGGACGAAGACUACGAAGCAGACAAAGAUGACGAUAUGAGCGACGCCUUCUCUGAGCCAGGUACGAAAGUGUCGCCUUCAUAUUCUAGGGGUGGGAAUCGUUCCAAAUGGUUCAACCCAUCGACAUCAUUUACAUUUUAUCAUAAUGAUUCCCUCAACGAUUCCUUUCUUCCGGGUGCUUUGAAAAACGGAACCGAGAAAGAGAAAAAACAUGGCGGAUGGUUGAAAAGUAGGCAGAAAUGAGCUUAAGUGUGGCUUAAUGUUAUUUAGAAAGACGACAACAGCGAGACGUUUGUCGACGUAAGGAUGCGUAGCCCAGAAAGAAUGGAAGGUCCACGUGAAUGGUCAGUUUGACAAGCUUUACUGGUUGCAGAUCAGGGUUACAGCUUCAUCAUGCCACAAGUGUAACAAAGACUGGUUCGAGACCGUUCAGGUAGAUUUAGUUGUCCACAUUUCCAAACAUUCUGCUGGAAUUUAGUUGAUCUAAAGAAGAGUGCAUGUAGGGUUAGAACAAAGGACAACAUGUUUUAAGGAGCCUUAGUUGAACAUAUGGAGAGCCCAUAUAGGGGAAUACUACAGCAUAACAUAUUUUGGGAACCUGAGUGAUGUCAAAAAUGCGUACAAGGUUUUUGUUGAGGAUGGUUGUCCCCCAGCUACAGGAAUCUAACGCCAACGUAUCCAUGGUAUCUGAGUUACAUGGCUCCACCGCUCUAAAGGCUGAUGGGAUUGGCUAAAGAAAAUUCUCCUAAUAGUCGAGCGAUGAUAACACGCAAAGGUGGAAACACCAGCAACACGUUUAAACAUUUGUCAACGGGGCACGGCAUCGAAUAUAAGGAGUCACAUGUAAUCGAUGCUCUCCGCCCGGUCGUCAGCCGCUGCUGCUCUGUCUCAGCAGGGCAUGGAAGGUACGUUUGUUAGGGUGACCAAACGUCCUCUUUUACCCGGAAAUGUCCUCUUUUGGGGGGAGUUUAUAAAAUUAUUCAAAUGUCCGGAAUGUGUAUUCAUUAUAAAACAGUGCAGAGCAUCAGUUCUCUCUGCAGCUCUGCCCCUUGACGUGACGCACGCAUGCGCUGUCUUUGGGAAAAACACCCGACCCGACCAAAAAAACCCUCAAAUUUCGCACACAGGUCCGCCCCCAUGUAAAAUUGUCCUCUUUUUGGGGAUUCAGAAUAUGGUCACCCUAACAUAUGUUAACAUAAGCACAAUUCAUGGCAGAAACGCUGUACAAAUAGCAUUUUUAGUCGAUUAUUUUCAGACUCUCACUGAAGGUGGCAUAAAUCUGUUUCUGUUAUCAGAGACUCAAUAAAAUUUAGAGUUAACAGUGAAAAUCUAUAGUCUACCAAAGAAAGGCAUUGAUAAGGGAAUUGAUAAGGGAAUCAUUAAAGAAUUGAAUCAAUAAGCAGAAUUGAUAAUGGCAUCGAUAUUGAUAAGAUCUUAUCAAUUCCCAUCCCUUCAUACUUCUGCUUCACAUGUGAGACAAGUCACCUGAUGGUCUCUAACUCUGCGUUUUCUCUCUGUUACCCCCCCUCCCCUCGCCAGGUUGCGACAUGGAGCUGAUGGAGGACAUUAAAGGUCUGACAGCCGGGGUUUCCAGCCGGAAGAGAGGCAAGCGCCGCUACUUCUGGGAGUACAGCGAGCAGCUCACCCCCUCCAAACAGGAACGUAUGCUCAAGCCAUCUGAAUGGGACAGACACACGCUGCCUAGCAACCUGUACCAGAAGAACGGGCCUCUCCAUGGUAUACAUUCACACAAACAUUAAUAAACUGUACACCGGAGCAAAGUCUGGUUAUGUAAGCGGUGAGUCGUGCUCAAACACUGAGGGAUCAUCGAACGCUUUAAGACGAUCUUCAAAGAGGAGAGUUUUAUUUCUGAGAAAUUACACAGAUAUACGUUUCACUCCUCCAUCGCAGCGUUUGUGCUCAUUGUUGAUCCACAUGAGACCGUCAGGCAUGGACCGAGUCUGUCAGUAGGACUGUGAUGAUCUGGAUUUUCCGCAGCAGCAGCUGUGCACAGCGUGAAUUCAGCGGGGAUUCAGUGGUUUAAAUGAUCACGAUGAAAUCAUCAAAUAAAUAGAUAAACGGAGCACGUCUCAUCUCUCACAUAAACAGUUCAUAGAAAACAGCAUUUCUGUUUCUCUCAUGUCGACUUUAUGUGAUUCUGUUGUUUGAAAACGAUUUUGAGGAUGACUCAUUGCGGUUUUUUUUAAAUCUAAAAAACAAAAAAAACAAACAGCCUUUUCAGACUCCAAAUAACUCAAUCAGAUAUAAAUCACUGGGUCAAAGCUAGGGCCCGACCAAUAUGGUGAUACCGAUUAUUAGGGGGGGAAAAAUUCGACUACCGAUUAAUCGGACGAUUUUAAAUUUUUUUUAUGAAGUUAUAAAAAAAUAUAUAUAUAAACUGUAGAUAUCUACAGUAUACUAUAUUCUGUAGAUAUACUGCAGGUUACUGCUCCUCAUGCCUCUUUUUGAGGAGAAAAAAGGCCCAGGGGAGAGGAACCAAGAUGGCCAUCUCUCUGAAUGAGGCAGAAAAAAACAUUUUUUUUUUUUGUCUCUGAGCUGAAUCUUUGAAUGUGACCGUUAUGGCUGACCGCCUCUUUUCAUGGUUAUCAUUUUAGGAAAGUACCUGCUGAAGAAGUCCCGCCGCACUGACGUUGAAGACCUGACUCCAAAUCCACGCAAGCUGCUACAGAUCGGCACUGAGCUCCGCAAACUGAACAAGGUGAUCAGCGACCUGACUCCCGUCAGCGAGCUGCCUCUGACGGCUCGACCCCGGUCUCGCAAGGAGAAGAACAAGCUGGCCUCCAGGUAAACCACGCACCGACGUGACGCUCAUACUCAAGUCACAGCCUGGUUGGAUAAAAGCAGAUGUCAUCAUGUGAUCAUCGACCUCACCUCUGCUGGUGUUGUUGUUUUUUUCAGAGCCUGUCGUUUAAAGAAGAAGGCUCAGUAUGAAGCGAACAAGGUGAAGCUGUGGGGACUCAGCACGGAGUACGGUACGAUGCUUACAACACUAAACCUGAACCCUGUUCUCUGUUAGAAAUAUGAUUCAAAUCGAUUUGUUUCUUAUUUAUUGAUGAUGACAUGUAGUUUUGGCUUUCUUCAAGCUUUUUAACUCAUCCAGUGCCACCAUUGACUGCAAUAGAAAUUUACGUAUCUUUCAUUACCAACAGAAUAUCUUGUGCUUAGACUAGAAUUAAGCCCAAUAUCUGAAAAGAAAGAGGUGAUUCUCUUUUUUCACCAGAAAAACAAAGUUAGUCUCUAACCCACUCCUGUGUUUAGUUAUCGAUCAAUGCAGUGUGGUCGUAUCAUCUCUAUCGAUCUGGAAAAACACAUUUUUACGAAGGAGAGACUUUCAAGUAAGCUCUGAUCGUCUAUUUCAUUUCACUUCAAACUACUUAACCGGUGGCAUCAAGGUCCUCCCUCCUCGAGAUCCGAUUGUGAUAGGUCAUUUUGUGACGUCUGGGAGUUGUAUUGGCUCUGUCGCCACGACGUAAACCACACGGACUGCUCGCGUCUUCCCCGCUAGGACUGUGGCUCGUUUACCAGUACCGGCAUUGGCGGCACAACAACACACCGGAAAAUUCUUUGAAUGUCUGCUGAUGAGAAGAUCCGGUACCGGGAUCUUCACUGGAUCCAGAGACGGUAGCACCGCUCCUACGAGAUCCGAUGCACCGAGACCGUUAGCUCUUGGCUAAUAACGGCAUUUUCCUACUCUCCUGAUAGAGGAAAAACACUCCACAACUUGGCUAAUUGGCUCACUUGAUGGCGCACUUCUCACUGGCGAGUUCUUGUUGUAGCGCCCUCUGGUGGAAAACAGAAAACAGAAUGAGUUAAAAUGAAUGAAAAUAGCUAAAUACCAAUCAAACUGGUUAUACCAACCUUUUUGUUUUUGUUGUUGUUCUGAUAAUUUUGUCAAAGUUACUCACUGAUUUUUAUGUCUCUGAGAUUCUCGUCGUUUCACGCUGGAUGCUUUUCGUUCCUUCAUUUAGAUCGGCUGCUCUUCGUGAUCAACACCAUCAAGGAGGAGAUCGUUGCUCGAGUGGAAGACUCUUCACCCCGUCCGACCAACAUGACGGACACUCUGGAGCAUCUCAUCCAGGAGACUCUCGGUAAGACGCGAGCGACGACAGACGCUUUGUGAAUCAUCCUCGGACUCGACUCGUCUCUCACGGUGUCUUUGUGUCUCUUAUGUGCAGUGGCGUCACCUGUCGCCGGGCAGACUUCGGACUUCGUCAACAAGAUCUUGGAGAACACAGGACGCGGCGACCCCACCGGCGGACUGGUGGGCCUGCGAGUCCCCACCUCUAAAAUCUAGACAGCGGCGGUCCACUGAGAGAAGUGGACUAAAUGUUAUCACCGUGCUGUCCCCGUUGUAACUAUGCUCCCCUCUGCAUGCCCCUCUAACCCAGAGUACAUACACAUUGUUAGCCACACAAACACACAUACCACUCCCUGUGUGUGUAUCUAUGUGUGCUUGUUAUAGCCAUGCGUCUCUGUAUGGCAGACACCCUAGCUUUCUGUCUCUGCACGCCGCCGCCGCCGUGCGCAGAGUCAGUGCGUCACCUUCUCCCAACCCAUUGCGAGCGUCUGUUGGGUAAAAAGCGCCUUUUUUUAGAGAAAAAAAAAGGAUGGUUAGGUGUGUAGAUGACGGCACGCUCCAGAUCCACUGGAGUCUCUUAGAUGUGUUAAGCAAAGCAUUGUGUGUACGGUGGGUUCUGAGACGAAAAAAACAGUCACAUGGGUGUAAUAACCACUGGAGAACUUUUGUUUGAGGGUGCGACGAUGACAGAGGAUGGACUGUGGAACGUCAGACGCCAUCAGAAGUUCCAGUUCUCAUUUCCUAGAAGAGGAAACAUCAGGAUGUCAGAUUGACACGCUUAGGUAAAGAAGAGCUUUGGUGUUACACAGAGAGGGAAAAGGAGCAGCAUGCUUCAAGGGGUCACGGGGUGGCUGGAUGUAUUUUGUAUUGAAGGCCUUAAUAUGUUCACGCCAUCCCCUGCUUUUGUAGAAUCGAAGCUCAAAACAGAAAAAAAAAGCUGAAAGUCGAAACAGAAACGUCGACUUUCCACAAUAAGAGUCACAAUCCUGCUGCGUUGAAGGUUUGGAGCAUGCAUAACGAGGCUUGAUGCUUUUUUUUUGUUUUGUUUUUAUUCUGAAAAAAGUUCUCCAAAUCGACGGCAGAUAGUUGUGCAUGUGGUUCGGUGCUUUUUUUUUAAAUGGGCCUUGUGCUGGUUUUGAACUGGACCGGGGCGAAAAGUCUUUUUUCGUCAGUGAUAGCGAGGGAGCUGAUGGUUGAAGAAGAUGACAAACAGUGAUGCAUCUCCUCUAGGAAAACUGUACAUAAAACGAAAACGGAGCUGGCUUUCCUUUUUGUACAGCCGAGACGACCAGGCGAAGAGUUUGGUGUGUUCAUACUAUAGUGUUUGAUCAGAGUUCUAUUCAUUGUGCCUUGUGUAUGUAUGCGUGCGUGCGUGUGUGUGUGCGCGAGUGUGUGUGUGUGUUUGUUAGAGGGACUGAAUGAGAGCAGGUGAUUGGUCAGAGCUCCCUGAGGUCCAGCCAAGGAGAGAGGACUACUUUACACUGAGUGAGAGAUGAUUGUUAGUGAAUGUUUGUUCGGAGAGAGAGAGAGAGGGAGAGAGAGAGAGAGAGAGAGAGAGAGAGAGAGAGAGAGACAGACACACACACCUGUGGGGUUAGUUGUGUAUUUCAGUCGUCUGAAGAUUUUCUGAAUGUACAUAAACGAAGAAGAAGUGGAAGCUCUUGUUGCGUGAUGCCACAGAGUCUGUGUAUAUAGGAGGGCUCUGCAAUAGACAACUUCUUGGUUUUUGGUACUCUGUCUUUAGGGAUCAGGGAAAACGGGGGGGGUUGACAGAUAUUUUCGUUAAGAGUUACAAAAAAAAAAACAAAUAUUUGCACACUAUAUUUUGAUUGUUUUUUGUACCAAAGACACAUGCAACGAAAUGGCGAAACAGCCAGUUAAAGUAAGGUUUUGCACAGCUUACCUGACGCCGUAUUGAAUGUAAGAAAUGUGGGAGGGUCAGGGAACUUCAUCGAACUGUGAAAAUUAGCUUGGGUCCAAUUCUGUGCAGAAAAGGAACAUUCAGUCAUUUAUUUUUGAAAAUUUUUAGAGGUCGAUCCCGUCUUUGGGCGUCUCCGGUAUAUUUUUAUUUUUUCUUUUAGCGAGCACUUCAUUCCUGAACUGAUGCCUCCCUCCACAUGCUAAUUUUGUGUUCAUGGCGCUUUUUUUUAGGACAGAAAAGCGAGAGCGCUGGUAGAUAAGCUAUGUUACAUUAUUAUUAUUAUUUUUUCUUUUACUUCUCGUUUGUCGACAUGUCACCAACAAUAACCAAAACGUUUUGUUGUGUCACUUGUUUGAUUUUUCUGUAUGUAGAGACAAGGAAAAUAUUAACUGAAUUGUGUUUUAAAAAGUACUGUAUAUAGAAACAUUAAUGAUAUAUGUCUAUCGAUGGUGAAAUGCCACUUUUCAUGACAAUUGAUUCAUUUUUAAGCAUGACACAUUUCUAAAAGCCUACCUACCCUUGCAUCCAGAACGUUAGAGGAAAAAAAACAAAAACACAAAAACCAAAAAAAAAAAAAAGUCUUGUUAUAUUUUUGUACUUUAGCUGCCUGCUAGCUUUCCUCUUGGGUUUUGUCGGUCAGAGUUUCUCUUUGUGGAGAGAAGUAGAAGUGGGGGGAAAUAUGAGAAAGGUCUCGCAGAGCUGUCUUGUAGUCGGACCCCCUGGCUGAGUGACAUGUAGAUAAUCUGGACUGGAUUUCUUUAAAACCACGAUACAGUGACGCUCCGGUCUGGUCUAGUCUAAACGCCCUUUUUAACAAAACGAGGAUACGAUGUCUUUUGUGAGGACAGGGACGUGUCCAAAAGGUGUGGAGAUGUGAGGGCAGAAGAGGAAGCUGUGUUAUUACAGGUGUAAGCCAAAGCCAUUAGAAUUUCGUCCCAGGUCGACCUGGAUUCAGCACUGUGUUUUUCCACUUUUUGAUUUUCACACAGAUUUACUCCCUAACCGUGGAGUCGGUGGAAUUUUCUCCUCCCUGGGAAUGACGCAGCCGCCUCUGAGGUGACGCGGCUGAUUUUUUUAUCCUGCUCGGUCUCGCCUCUGGUCCUCAGCUUUACAUCCCUCCUGAUAAAGCGGGAUAACCUCGAGACAUUUUAGAGUUACAACGUCCAGGCCACAAACCGACCCGUCUUUAAAAAACGAAAAUGCAUGAUGCGUGUUUAUGCUUGCCUUCCCCGCCGCGCCCUCAGAGAAAACGCUGCUCGUCCCAGGGAUUUUAAAAUUCAACCGCGAUUUUUCCAGGUUAGCGAGAAAAUCCAGAAAGAGUUUGAGUUUGAUGAUGACGAGGCUGAAUUCAGGUUAGUUUGAGAAAGUCCUCCUUCACUGAAUGAACUCUGAUGUCUGAUGAUGAGGAUGCAGAGCUGCGGUCUGUCUGUAUCACGUGAUCGAAUAACAGCCAGGCUAUAUAUAUAUACACACACACAGACAUAUACAUAUAUAUAUAUAUAUUUUUACUGUUUCUGUUCCGUCUAAAAAGGGAGAAAUGGUGCUUUUUCUGAAACUAGAAUGAUGAUUAUCCAUGAUUCUUAUUUUAGUCUAGUUGUAGCCUAAUGACUUGCUCUCCCCCACCGUCCAUAGCUAUUUUCUUAGGUGUGAUUCAUUUUGUAAAUAUACUCUAUAUAAGUUAAUAUGUACCUUCUCAAUGUUAGAUAUAUGUAUAGAAUACUCUAUCUUGUAUGUUUGAAAACAAAAGCACUUUGUCCAAAAAAGGAAAAAAAAAAUCAAACAAAAAGAAAAGCAUUUUUUUCUUCCAUUUGCUGCUAAAAGGCCUGGUGUGAAUGCUGCAAGUGUACUUGACGACUACUUGCUCUGAUAGGUCUAUUACCUGACUCGGUUAGGUCUAUUAACAAGCAAGGAACUGUUGGAGCCGUGUGAUGAUAUGAGAUACGGAAGAAUGAGAGCAUAUCAUUACGAGGCUUUUAGGGAAUCCGGUGUCUCGGCGGGCGGGAUAGGUCUAUUUCCUGGUCAGGGGAUAGUGUGUUUGUGGUCUUAAAAAAAUAGAGGGUUUUGAUUCCAGGGCCCCUACGUUGAUCCUGAUGCUGACCCCCUUGGCGUCAUGAUUCAUUUGCCUUCAGUAGAGGUUUCCUAUGGAAAAACUGAUUCUGCUUUGGCUUCCUCUUCAGGGUGAUGUACAGUGUAGACACAUUUCUCCAGAGAGCUAUAUUGUUAUCAUUUAUAAACUGAUUUCUACUUGUGACUUAAUGAGGAGGGGUUUAGCCCGGGGCGGCCGGGAAACAGAGCCUGUUUGAAAGAUGCUGUUCUGGGCCGCCUUAGGGGGAAGUUACUAUAUCACUGUACUGUAUGGCAAGCCAAUUACAAAUGGAGACUCAAUCCGGACACUUAUUGCCUUCUUUAAUAACUUUUCAUUACACACAAACAAAGAUAAUAACUCGGCAGACGACGUAUCAGAUCUCGAGGGAGGUUUGUGACGCUCCUCUGCCCCGUAUAUGGUCAACAACAACAACAACAACAACAACAACAAUAACAACAAAAACCAUUCAGCCUGAUUGGCUCAAAACAACCUUGACUGAAGAGCAGCAGACGCGGUGAAAUCUAUCUGAAAAGGUGCUUCAAAGUUGGAAAGACUCCUGCUCAGUUUGUCCAAAAAAAACUUUGAAGCAGUUUUUUUUUUCAGCUAAGAUUUCCACCCGGGUCUGAUGGGGGGUCGACAGUGGUUAAAGGGCCGCUGGUUGACCGACUGUGGUGCAGCUUAAGAGAAGAAGUGUGUGUUUUGUUGUCGAUCACAAGGCUGGUUCUAAGAGAGAGUUCUCACAGGUUUUUACAUUUAACAUGAUAGGCGCAAAGCUGUGCAACUUUACAUUCAAACCAGGAGACUCUGUGGCAUUUUAACAGUCGAGGAGUGAGUGAAAAAUCCACGCCAGUAAAAAAAAAAAAACUAUUCCUUCUACUUUUUAUUUCUGAUGACAUAAAUCCUAUACAGUCAACUAUUAAGCUAAUAGAGUGUGUAACUUUGUGCUACUCUUGUCCAAUAAAAGCUAAGUGGAUCCAUAAAGCUCUUCUUCAGCAAAUCAGGGUAAUAUCGUUCUUCUAUCUGACAUACGUGAUGACAUAUUAAAUCAAAAGACAAUAUAUUUAUGUAUUCCAGUUAUUGUUGCCAUUCUUUACUCUGUACAAAUAUUUUAUGUGCGUGUGAGUGCGUGUGUGUGUGUGUGUGUCUGUUAUGAUAAAUGUCAAUCAAUAUAGUGCAAUGCUCUUUACAGGAACUGAAAAAGGCCAACAGACUUAUAUCACAUCGAUACACAAAUUAUCACUUUGUCAAAACAAAAAACAAAAUUGAUCCAGUCGUGAAAGAAUCCGAUUCUGAUUUCUGGGAUUUGUCACAUGGUGCUUGUUACUUUUUAUUGCAUCAGAAAUAACCCGAGUGCCGAGGGUAACAUUGAUUAUGUGAUCAGACCUGAACUGUCCCUGUUGGACCAAUGAGAAGAAGAUCAACUCUUUAUCUUUCUCUCAACAACAACAACAACAUCAACAACAACCGAUUGGUGAUUUCUGUGUUACUGAACUGUUGUAAACAUUGUUGUUUAGCAUUUUGUGUUUCCUUGUAAAAAGCCAAACUCCUUGAUUUGAUAUUACUGCCUGAAGCCGAAGAGAAAAUCAUCUUUUUAAUUAUUUUACAAAUGAAAAUAAAUUUAAAAAUGAUUUACAAAGCAGGAAAACUUGAAAGACUUUCCAAAAAAAACCCCUCAAAGCUGAUAUUUAUUCACCGUUUGUUAAAGAAAAAAAUUAAGAAUAACUGCAAUCAAUUAAAUUUGCUCACUGGCACCGUAUAAUAUAUAUUAGUGUAUGCAACUCAAGAUCUAUACAGAAGAGCGGGCCACUGAAAAAAAAAAAAAAGAAAGCUCCAGUCGGAAUUUUUUUUUUAUUUGUUAUUCUGGGAUUUAAGUCAUAAUUCUGAGAUUGAAGUCGGAAUUAUUAGAUUAGAGUUAGUAUUCUGAGAUAAAAGUGAGAAUUAUGAGAUUAAAGUCAUAAUUCUGAGAUUAAAGUCAGAAUUCUAAGAAAAAAAGGUCGGAUUUCUGAAAUUUGUCAGAACUCUUAGUUUAAAGUCAGAAUUCUGAGAUUAAAGUCAAAAGGUUAAAGUCAGAAUUAUGAGAAAUAAAUUAGAAUUGUGGGAUUAAAGUCAGAAUUUUGAGAAAAAAACCCCACAGAAUUCCGAGUUUAAAAGUCGGAAUUUUGAGAUUUAAAUCAAAGUUCUGAGACUGAAGUUGGGAUUAUUAGAAAAAAGUCAGAAUUCUGAGAUUAAAGUCGGAAUUUUGAGAUUUAAGUCGGAAUUUUUAGAUUAAAGUUGGAAUUCUGAGAAUGAAUUGGAUUUCUGAGAUUGAUUCAUUAAUUAUGACUUUUCUCCUCAGAAAAGUUAUUUUUAAAAAAUUAUAUCGUCUUUUUUUCUUUUUUUUCAGUGGCCCUAAUCUUCCUCCGUAGAGCCAUGUCAGGUGCACAAGCAUGCAUAUUUAUGUAUUAGAAAACUAACUAGCUUAAGUCCGGUGAACAUUUUGGUGCAUUUAGUAACCAACAUAACGGAUGCCUUUCUCAGAAGGUGGAGGAGACCAAAAUCAGAGCUUAAAAGGGUGGAAACUUUGACCUUUCCUGCCUUGUUUAUGUGACGAAGAAAUAAUCAAAAUUACAAAUGAAUAAAAAUGAGCUUGUAGCAGCUGUAACAGAUCAGUUCAUUUUUGAAGUAAAAACACAGACUUCAUGAGAAAAGUUUGAUGAGCUUACUUGAAAAUCACAGAUCUGUGAGAGAAAUGAAAACAAACAUCAUCCUCAUACAUUUGGUCAAACAAAAACAGUCGUGACCUCUCUCUCUCUCUCUUGAUGGCAGUGAUAUCAGAACUGAGAGUCUGGUUUUCAGCCUCUUAUCGGGCCGUUCAAAUGUUUCCUGUCUUGUUUGAAUCCAUGAAAGUUUCCCCGUUGCUUGUCAGAGCGCCUCAUCCUCCGAGGCCGCGUGCUUUCUACCCUCUGCAUUGUUCCCCGUGUCUGAGCGACACGUCGUCAGAAAUGUACUCUGUGAUAAAAUAUACAGUGAGAACACUGAAUGCUGAUUCCCUGCAUAACACUGAGAGAAACAAGUGAUCUUUGCACAUUCGCAAAUGACUCGGCGUCGUUAAAAGUUAACUCACCGUCCUCUCAGUUGAAUGAUUUCAUUCUUGCUGCUAAUGAAUGAGCACAAAAAGACUCAAGGUUUUGGUUUAGCAUAUCCACAACACAAAUACAGUAUGAUUACACCACAACCCUUGUUUUUAUUCGUCGAAAGACCAACAGUGUUACUCACCUUCCACUUGGUUUUUAUAUUAACCAGGAAAAAAAAACAAUACUUUGAAUAUGAUGCCUGCUCAAACCAGGUGCCUUAAUUAAUGAUACGAGAACACAAAUCUGCACCUUCUGUCAGUCUGGAGGGGGUUUCCCGACAGAAACGAGGGGCUGGGUUUCCCAAAAAAAACCUGCACCUCAAGUACAAAUCAAAUGAAAACCUUAUUUUCCCCAAACCAAGACUUUUUGUAAACUAGUCAGCCUUUAUAGCAGAGACGAGCUGUCUAAUUGUAAUAUGCAUAGUGAAGAGCUCCCCAUCAAUGAAGAAGAGCAUCAAUUGUGAACUGCAGUAAAUCAAUGUUUUGGGAAACCCGGUUCUAUAUUUUUAGCUCUUUCUCUGCCCACUAUGCCACGUUCUUGUGUUUUCUGUAUUGGCUGCUAUUGCUGCUAUCACCGCUGGUGUGUCCGUGAAGAGAAGAGCAAACUUCCACUGUGUCUGAGGCAGAGGGAGACUUGGGGCCUGCUUUUUACCUUGAAAAUUAAGAUGCAUCCUUCUUCUUCUUCUUCUUCUUCUUCUUCUACUUCUUUGGUUUCAACAUGGAGCCUCUUGAGACUUUUUAGAGAAAGAUUAAAAAAAAAUCACAAAAACAAACAAAAAAACAUAUUAUCCAUUUCUUAACUUUGCUAUUAUGAAGUGCCAGACCCUCCUUGAAGUCAGUGUUGGCACUGAGUCGCAGGUUGCGAAUGAAGCGACAAACUGAGCGUGGAGGUAAACUGUGGUGCUAAUCUGUCUGUGGCUGGGUGCUAACAUGGCUUUGUUCACAAGCUGUAUUAGCCAUAUUAUUCCUUCUGUUGAUGACUCGGGUCAGUCUUGUGUUUUUUCUGACUUCUGCACUGCUGUAUGCUGACACGGCGAGGUAUAACUCUGCUGCUUUGCUAAUGAAUGUAGACUAGUCUUCCUCUGCAGGAUCAUUCAGACAGGUGGGAGUGUCUGGUGGAGAUUUCCUCGUUCUGUUUCGUUCUUUUUGUUGGACACACACAGAGGACGCCUCUUGUUGUCUGAACCCAGAAAGUUCAUGAAUGUUGUAUCUUUUUAAGGCCGCUGUCCAGCUUGUAUGUUAAAACUUUAUUUUAAGUAUUAUGGUUUGAUAUUUAUGCUUUGACUCUGUCAAAUGUUGCUUGUUUGGAAUUCUUAUAAAUUACAUAUAUAUAUAUAUAAUUUUCUCCUGAUCCCACUUACGAUAGCAUUUAUUUUAUAUUUGUGUUUUGUCCUACAAAUUAAAGUGUCAAGAGGUAAUUUGUUAAAACUAGACUCUGUAGUUUUUCCUCUGGUGCAGGUUUCACCAGGAGUCCGAGAGUUUACACGAGACUCCGACACGAAUCAAAGUCAAAAUGAAACAAGAUUCUCACGACACGAUUCCCUCGAAUUCACACGGAUUACAACGAUUUGACCAACAAUAGAGAACAUAUCGGAUGCAUCACCAUCAUAGACUGUAUAUAGAAUGGACGCCGUCUGCCUCCUCCGUGAGAACAGCACCCUCUGGUGACGGGCUGCAGUAUAGGUCAUAAAUCCCGCCUCCUCCAGUAAUCCCUAUGGAACUGUGGACAAACUUUAGAAAUUAAUCCCACAGAAUAUAAAUUUUUCUCCCCCCUGGUUGCGAUGUUGACAUGUAGUUACUGUCAGACUGGUUUGUGCUCAAGUCCUUUUUUCUGUGCAGCUCCGUUUUAACUAAAUUCAUCGAUAGAGUACGGGGUUAUAUUUGGUUUAGUGCAAAAACAAUGAAAACCCAUCCAAUAGUGACUUAAAAGAAGAUGAUUAUUCACUUAUUCACCGUCUCGUUUUCUUCCGCUUCAUCCGGGUCCGGGUCGCGGGGGCAGCAGCUUCAAAAGGGAAGCCCCUACAGCCCUCACCCCAGCCACUUCCACCAGCUCCUCCGGGGGGAUUCCCAGGCGCUCCCAGGCCAGGCGAGAGAUAUAAUCCCUCCACCUGGUCCUGGGUCGGUCACGAGGUCUCCUCCCGGUGGGACAUAUCUGGAACACCUCUAACGGGAGGCAUCCAGAACUAACCAGAUGCCCGAGCCACCUCAGCUGACUCCUCUUGACGUGGAGGAGCAGCAGUUUUACUCUGAGUGCCUACCGAGUGUCCGAGCUCCUUACCCUGUCUCUAAGGCUAAGCCUGACCACCCUGCGCAGGAAACCCAUUUCGGUCGCUUGUAUCCACGAUCUCGUUCUUUUGAAAGUUCAUGACCAUAGGUGAUGUUCGGCACGUAGAUCGACCGGUAAAUCGAGAGUCUCCGCCGCUUUGAUCCGCCUGUCCAUCUCCCACUCCAUCCUACCCUCACUUGUAAACAAGAUCCCGAGAUACUUUAACCUGUCCACUGGAGGCAGGACCUCCCCUCCGACCCGGAGAGGGCAAUGUACCUUUUUCUGACUAAGUCCAGGGCCUCGGACUUGGAGGCGCUGAUUAGCAUCCCAUUGUCGAAGCACCUGUUGCGAGCUGCGGCCGCAGGGUCACUUAUUUGCACUUCAUAUAAACAGUAACCUCAGCCUCGCUUAGAUUAGCACAAAAACUACAGACAGAGGGAAACAGCUCAGCUUCACUCAUCUAAAGCUCUUGUCAUGCGUGGACUACGAUCUUGAAAAGUGGGAAAUUUUGGAUCUGACUAAGGAUUUAGAAGUGUUGUGAUUGACCUAAAAUGUGUCCAUCUUAGAAACUUCUGAUAUAUUAUUAAAAUACUUCACAGGACGCAGUUAGUUAAAAAAAACAUGAAUUUAAAUGAGGUAAAGGGCGUUAACUUUGAGAUCUGCAGUUUCAUGGUGACUUUGAUCGAUCGUUGAUUCUCUGUAAAGCUCUUUAAAUGUUUUAUUUCAUUGGAGGUUUUCACGUGGUCAGAAGGACAGUUUGAUUUUCUUCAUUUCCCUCUGAUGCCGUGCUCACAGUCAGGAGGCUGAAACAUUUGCGGGGGUUUUCCUGUUGUAUGACAGGUUGUAAGUCUUGAUAUUCUGAUGUCUGUGUUGGUUCUCACUCAUCUAUCUCAUGGUAAUCCAAUCAGCUGGACUUGUUUGAGGUUGUUAAAGAGGCGAAACGUCUUCAAGAACCUCAAGCAGGUCCAGUUGCCCUUUCAACGAACAAUUGGAUAAGUAUUCUGACGAUUGUAAUUGUGUCACUGCUUCUUAUUGUGCGAGCCAACAGAUUUUUAAAAACUUGAAGGUCGUAGUAUUUCCAAAAUGCCCUUGCUUUUCAAUUCCUAGCUGACUUCAGAUGAGCUCAAAUCUCGCUCUGAGAGUCUAAAUUUACGAGGCCUACAACCUGAAAUACAGCAGAGUAACUUUGCAGAGAUGUUCAAGCAUCCCGCUCUGAAUAUGGUCGUGGAGAAGGAAAAUACUAGUGGGAAAGACAAACUCAUCUUGACACAGGUCUUGUUUUUGUUCCCCUGAGAGUCAGGCACUCUGUAGUUUUGGAGUUCAGGUUUGGAGCGUGAUGUUGGAAAAAAUGGAUCAGUUUUCUGUGAAAACUUCUCCACCGACUGCACUGGAGAUGCCCUUUCCUCCUCCUCCUUCCUCCCUUCUGGGUGCUGUGUUUUUGUUUUUCUUUUCCGAUCAGAAGGGCUUAGUUUGCAGUUGUCUCGUCAGGGAGCUCCUGAGAUUAGCCAGGGGUCACUUAAUAAAGGCUGGUGGGCAGAGACCCCUCACCCUCCCCUACAGUGAACGAUGAUGAGGAAGAAGAAGUUCAUUUCCUCUUUUGCAGACUGAUCUCAAUAAUAAUAAUAAUAAUACUAAAGAAAAAGACAACAGCUCAGCCUACAUAAUAAAAACAACCCCCCUCCCUUUUCAUAUCGACACACUCAUAAUCCAACACCGCGAUGAUUGACCUCCCUCCAGACUUGCCAAAAUGCAUGGAGCGAGAGAAGUUUAACAAAAAGAGAAAAAACUGAAUCCUAAAGCAUCGUUUCUGUUUCUUUUUGUUUUUUAACCUUGAUAAUAAUAAUGAUAACAAUAAAGGAUGAUCUUUAUUUUUUUUUUUUACUCUUUAAGGAAAUCCAUACAAGUCCAAACAUGUGUGAGGUAUCUGCCAUCCUGAGCUUCACAGCUAAACAUGUCAUUGUUCGGAUGCUUCUGGCCUUGUAUGGUUACUUAUUUGAUUAGAUCAACAGCAUGGGAUCUCUCUGUAGUUAGUCCUGUGUGUGGUCCACUCCCCAGUCUCAGUAGGAAGGCUGUUCUCCAUUGCUAAGCGCUCUACAAUAGAUCUCUUGGUGAUUCUGAUUUCAUAAAGAAGCAAAACCUGCGUAAAGUAUCCUGCUGAAACUAACUUGAUCCUCUCUUUAGCAAUGACGUCUAUAUUUGUAGUUCACAUAUAUGCCUGUUCAAAUACAAUAUCUUGACAGUUGUUAUAUUUAUGUUGUGUAAUAAAUGUCGUGCUGGGUUUUUGCUUUUGGUUCAAUUCACUUUUCUUUGUAUUUUUAUUUUCUUCGAAGGCACAGUGGGUGGCUUUAUGCACAAGCAAGGAAAUCUUUAAGAGUUUUUCUUUUUCUUUUUUUUUCUCGGUUUGUACUGUAAGGACUCAUUCUGUUUCAGAGCUUCUGACAGUUUCUGUCUCUGGCUGCUCGACAUCCUGCGGACACCUGCCCUGAAUCUCUGUUGUGUUUUCGUGCCUCUUUCUCUCUCUCAAUUUUUUUUUUCUUUCUUUUUUUUUAUUUUUUAAAAUCAUUCUUUUCUCUGUCGUAUCAGCCGGGAGUUGGUACCACAGCUCUGCUUGUAACCACAGUAGUCUGAUUAUGUUUAUUGAUUUUAAUAUGAAACAAUAAAACCAUUAGCACCCCAACACGA